UGAAAAUGUCUGUGUAAUGUAGAUAAAUGUGAGGGAUUUUCUCUCUAAAUCCGUCUCCUGUUCGCUAAAUCUCACUUCUCCAAAACGAGCCUGCGCAAUGGAACAAAGUCGGAAUAUUGAGAUGUGACAUUGCCCGCAUCUCAUCCUCUUUCUCCCCGUUUUUAAUGACUUCAAACAAGUUCAUUUUCGCCGGGCUUUGUGUUGUGGAGACCCGUGGGGAUGUCUAGCGCUCAUUCCUCUCAGUGGCAUUUAUGUGAUGUCUUCAAGGGUGCGAUGUGCUGUAUCUCCUGUAGCCACACCCUUUCACUACUGCUGUGCGUCCUCACCCUGACUCCGACGGCAACAGGGGCGGGCCUUGAGACCCUGUGCGGGGCGGAGCUGGUCGACACGCUGCAGUUUGUCUGUGGGGAAAGAGGCUUUUAUUUCAGUAAACCAACAGGUUAUGGCCCCAAUGCAAGGCGGUCACGCGGCAUUGUGGAUGAGUGCUGCUUCCAAAGCUGUGAGCUGCGGCGCCUGGAGAUGUACUGUGCACCUGCCAAGCCUGGCAAGGCAGCUCGCUCUCCGCGCACUCAGCGCCACACAGACAUGCCGAGAGCGCCUAAGGUUAGUACCCCUGGACACAAAGUGGACAAGGGUACAGAGCGCAGGACAGCACAGCAGCAAGACAAGACAAAAAACAAGAAGAGACCUUUACCUGGACAAAGUCAUUCUUCCUUCAAGGAGGUGCAUCAGAAAAACUCUAGUCGAGGCAGCACUGGGGGCAGAAAUUACAGAAUGUAGAAAUGGAGCGAAUGGACAAAUGCCCAGUGACUUGGAAAGUAAGAGGGUAGUGGCCUUACCCGGUACCCCUGUGGAAUGGUUCACUGUAAAACAAAACAAAGAGGAUGCUAACAAUGGCCUGAAAAGCUCUUUAAAAUGAUUGAAAAUUAAGAGCUAAGUGGUGUUUAUGGGUUUAAAGAGGGGUAUUGUGAUCAUUUUAUACACUGCACCAUUCCAUAUCGGGAGGAAUUCUAUGUUAACGCAAUGUAACAGACUAGUUUAGCUGCUGAGACACGAACAAGAGCUUAUUAUACCUCCAUGUGUGAGCAAAUUCCCCUGAAUCCAGGAAAGGUGGACUCAUAUCUGGGCUUCAGCCAAUCAGAGAACACAGGCUAUGGUUGGAAAUGAGUGGUCCAUCUUGUCUCCUGAACUUUGUGGAGGAGGUAAAUCUGAGAGUGAAUGCAUUCACUCCUUUUGACACCAGUCACAUUUAGCAUUUAUCACCCCUGUUCAAAGCUGAUAUUUUACCUUCAGAGUUUGUUUUUAUGCACCAUGCAUUACUGUGGAUACUUUGAUUAUAUAUAUAUAUAUAUAUAUAUAUAUAUAUAUAUAAAGUUUAUUGUCAGGAUAAAGACUUUGUAGUUUAUCGUCAGACUUUAAUAAUGUUGUGGUUAAUUUUACCUUGAGCCCAGUUCAAAUACAUACUAAGUGGAGUCAGCAAAGGGUUUGAGACCAAUCCUAAUCCUUCCUAAGCCCCAGGAAGUGUUGAGAACCCAAGGAAUGAGUCUGCAAUCCUCCCAAAUCCCAGUUAAACACCUGAUGAAGAAUAAUUUGAUAGAAUUUUGAAAAGGGGGUUGAGUAAAAUAGGUAUUAGAAAACAAAACUGUGGCUUUCUCUUUUUUCAAAAACAGAAAAUUAAUGAUAACAAUCAGACAAUAAACUUAUUAUUACUAUAUUUUUUUUUUGGCAUGACAGAGCAUAGUGCUUAUUUUGUUGUCAGAAAUGGGUCAUUCAACUGAUUCAAAGUCCAUUUGGCAUAAAUAUGUGGAAUAAUCAAACAGCGACAAUCAGGCAAAAUGUUUGUUGUCUGUGUCUGUGUCCGGUUCACAUGUCACCACCCUUGCCAGAUCUGAUUAUCGUCAGCAUUUCAGGUUGGAUGAAAGCUUAUGUUCAAGGUUCAGCACAAGCUAUUGAAGUUUAGUUGCAGUGUUCUAAAACAACUUAUCCAGAUCUUGGAAUAAAACUUUCCCAAAUCCAACAAUACACAGCAAAAGACACAACAUAAUCCCACGACAGAGAUUAUGCUGAUCUACAGUGCAUAAAACAUUUCAGAUUUAUGAUAACUUCAAAUAUUGUACAGUGAUACAACGAUGUAUCUUACAUCUUGCUACAUGAUGACAUGGACAUUUAAUGCCUCACUGUUUGGAUGAUGCUAACACUCAACUUCACGCAACAUCCAUCACAUAAACUUUUAAUGUCUUGCUAAACGACUAUGUACACCUUCAGUACUGUUGAAUUUUAACACAUCUGUUAAUAAGAAAGCAGGAGAUUUGGUCAAAAGUGCUACUUAGCUAAUUCUGAAGGUGGAAAACCAUGUUUUAAAUCUAUCCAACACAAAAUUUUCCACUAUCUUUUUAACUUUUUUACUUUAUACUCAUUUGGGAAUGGUUAAGAGUUAAAAUAUUAAAGUUGAAAUCAAUAGAAAUAGUUAGGUUUACAAUGUUUGGUUUUUCUAAUUCUUGUCCUUUUUCCUAGGGUAGGCAAUCAUACUUGGUUAGUGGUUACACAUUUUACUACUCAUGGGUUAGGGUUUCCAGUCUGACAGCUCAAUGCUGUUCUACAACAAAGGUAAGGCAUACAUGGCCAUCUCAAGGUUUCUAACCACAGAUUGUGAUAGUGCUUGUUUUGGAGAUGUGGACAAAUACACCAGAGAGGCUGUAACAAUGGCCACAUGAUGAGAAGUUUAAUGAUUUAUGUCCUGGCAUAUUUUUUAAGUUUAGGGAAACCAAGCAACUCCAGAUGUCACCUGGACCACAUAGCCUGAAGUGAUAAUGUAAAAAAAAACAGCAUCCAUCACAAAGUCCACCAAAGAAACACGAAAACUAAAUAGUUACCUAAAUAUUUACCAACCAACAUGACAAGUCUACCUGGACAUGUGAGAUACCGGACACACUAAUACACAAAUACACAUGCAAAGCACCCACAGCGUAAAUAAGAACUGUGCAAACAUGAGCAAGGGUCAAGUACACACACACAAAAAGAAAAAAAAGGACAAAAAAGAAAAAAAAAAAAGCAAGUUCUGAGAAGUCCUUGCAUGAGGAUGGACAGUAACUGCACUUUGCUUGAGCCUCAGUGAAAACGCCCAAGACAGCUCAUCUCUUGCUCUGCCUCUUCUGUGUAUAAUCAAACAAUAAUCCCAUUAUGUUAUCCUAUGCAUUAAUAUCAAUCAUUGUACAUGAUGGUUUCAUAUAACAAACUGUAGUAAGAAUCCUAUCCACUGUAUAAUGGUGCUAUUUUAUAGUUUGUUACUUGCAAGAGAUGGCUAAGUCAGACAGAUGGCAGGGCUUACAUUGGAGGUCUUCCCUUUUGCACAGCCUUGUGGCCACCACUUUAAUAGUGUUUUUAUUUGUAAGCUGUUUCAAUAAGGUAGUAGUGUAAGCGAGUAAAUGUAUCUGUGUGAAAUCUGUGAAUGCAUGGAGAAUCAAAAUAAAAAAAUAAAAAAAAAACAGGAAAA